AAACCCGCUCUUCGUCAUUUCAACAUCUUCAAUAUCCCGUUGUCUAUCCGUGCUGGUAACGCUUCCAAAAUGCCACUCCUACCAACUUCCACGACGCCUAACGCGGAAAACGUAUAUCUGAUAUGGGGUGCUAAUGGCUGGAUUGCUGGCAUCCUCAAAGGACUGCUUGAAUCGAAGGGGAAGCAGGUCCACGCCACCACGGCACGUAUGGAAAACCGCGAUGAUGUGAUGAAGGUAUUGGACGAAUACAAACCAACUCAUGUCUUCAACUGCGCCGGAUGUACCGGCCGACCUAACGUGGACUGGUGCGAGGACAACAAGGAGGCAACGGUCCGCAGCAAUGCCAUUGGGACGCUCAAUCUGACAGAUUGCUGCUUUAUGGAAGGAAUUCACAUCACUGUCUUCGCCACAGGAUGUAUUUAUACCUACGACGAAGCUCAUCCGAUGGGCGGAGCUUUCAAGUUCAAGGAAGACGAUUCCGCGAACUUCGGCGGAUCAUUCUACUCCUUCACCAAGUCUCGGGUUGAGGAUAUCAUGCGAGCAUACGACAAUUGCCUCAUCCUGCGCUUGCGGAUGCCCGUCUCGGACGAUCUCCAUCCACGCAGCUUUGUGACGAAGAUCACAAAAUACGCCAAGGUUGUCGACGUUCCCAACUCGCAAACUAUCCUGAGCGAUCUUCUUCCCUGCUCGAUCGCACUAGCGGAGGCACGCGAAGUGGGUGUGUAUAACUUUACGAACCCCGGCGCGAUCAGCCACAAUGAGAUCCUGGAGAUGUACAAAGAGCUCGUAGAUCCAGGGUUCAAGUGGGCGAACUUCAGCCUGGACGAGCAGGCGAAAGUCCUCAAAGCUGGACGAAGCAAUUGCGAGCUUGACAGCGGCAAAUUGGUUCGCAAAAUGGGUGAGUUUGGCGUCACUAUUCCGGAGGUACAUCAAGCGUACCGGGAUUGCUUCAAGCGGAUGCGAGAGAAGAUGGAUAACAGUCAGCCGAUUGUGGAAGAGGCUCUCACAAAGAUUGGAAAACGCUCUCAAGAUGAUGACUUGGGGGCCGAGAAGCGGAUCCGCGUCAGUUCGUGAGGUUCGUGAGGUCGAAGAUGGCAGCAAAGGCCACAAUGUCCGUACAAUCACUUGAAUUGUAGCAUUUCUCAAUCUGGAAAUGAU